AUGUCUCAGUUAUAUCGGAAUACCGAGCGUGCAUUGGCUUGGCUAGGGAAAGAGCGCAGAAAUGCCCAUGUUCUUUUCGGUACACUCGAAAGGCUGGCUGCUGAACAUCAAGUCUUUGAAAUCAAUCGAGAUGAAGGCUUUUUCGAAGUGUUUCAAAAGCUUAGAGUCGUACCUCCUGAGGAUGAAGUUGGAUCUCAACUCCUGCAAUUUGCUUAUGCUAUUAGCCCUGCAAUUAUUACUUUACUCCAGCUACCGUGGUUUGAACGCCUUUGGAUCAUCCAGGAGUCCGUGCUUCCGUGCAAAGUCAAAGUAUUUUUGGGACGUGAUACUCUGGAUUUAGAUACAUUAAUACUAUCUUUGAAGGUUUUUAUUAUGCUAUCUCGAAAUAGCUCUAAAUUUGAGUUCUCUAGGGUCUGGAUACCUCUGAUUUUUCUGAGUGAUCUCCGAGAAAACUUUCACAGCAUUUUGACUGGUCAUGGAGGAAACAAGACUCGUUUAAUCGAAUGCAAUCUAUUCCAUAUCGUGGCCAACUUCUCACCUCUGAAAGCUUGUUAUAAUGAUAUGGAUAGAAUCUUUGGCUUACUGGGGUUACAAUCCAAUGACGAUUUUGGGUUCGAGGUGAACUAUGAAGGCACUGGGGAAAGCGUUUACUUCGAAUUUGCACUCAAAGCCUUGGAAUCAAUUGACCUUGAAAUUUUUCUCCAAGAAGCUCUUAGGACAGGUGAUAGUAAGAGUCAUCUUCGUCAGGGUAUGACUGUCAGACUGCCUAGUUGGGUUCCUGACUGGAGGUGCAGCACUAAUUCGGAGGGUAAACUUUCACUCGAAAACUUCCAAUCAGCCACAAGUCUUCCGAAAUGUCUCUCUUACGAUAAGGAAAGCCUACCCUUUAUUGGACUUGGAGGUGUAAGGGUUGAUUUCAUCACCGACGAUUUAUCGACAACUUUCCCUGAUAGAGAUGAUUUGCACUCUUUAGAGGACAUUUGGAAGUCUCAUCCCGCACAGCUUAUAAACCUGAAAGAUUUUCUGUUGAAGCAUUUGCCGACCGACAAGCCACUUCUUAUUGAGGACGUGACAAAGGAUUUCUUAGGAACGAUACUUUCGGAAAUGGCAUUUCUGGGGUCGAUACAGGGGAUCCCACAAGUGGAAAAUGGUUUGGAAGGUCUCUAUACUUGGUAG